AUGGCGCCGCCGGAGGAGGCGCCGGUGGUGCCGUCGCCCCUCGGCGCCAGCAAGCGGCAGCGAGCCGAGCCGGCCGACGCCACCAAGCCCAAGAAGCGGCCCAAGGAGGAGAUGGUGGAGGUGGACUCGGAGGAGGAGCGCGAGGCCGAGCGGGCCCGGGUGGACAAGGAGCGCGAGGAGCGCGAGAUGAUCGAGCGGGAGAAGGAGGAAGCCUUCAUCCGGCGCGCGAUCGCCAUGAUCGAGGCGCGUGAGGCGUCGCGCAAGUACAUCAGCGACAGCCUGUCGGAGAGCGAGAGCGCUAAGGAGAACAAGCUGGCCGGCCGCGUGCUGCAAACGGACGAGGAGCUGCGGGUGGGCAUGUACAAGGCGCUGGAGGCGGUGAAGGCGCACGAGGAGGCCUGGCCCUUCCUCGACCCCGUGGAGGAGGAGUACGCGCCCAACUACUACGCCGUCAUCCGGCGGCCCAUGGACCUCAACAAGCUGGAGAGUCGGCUGGACGCGGGCGUGUACCAGACCCGCGAGCAGUUCGAGGCCGACUUCAAGCUGAUCGUCGACAACUGCAAGCUGUACAACGGUCUGGAGAACGAGUACACGGAGAUGGUGGUGAACAUCGAACGCGAGUUCCGCAAGGCGGUGCACAAGUACCUGGACAUCGAGGAGGACGAAGACGACAUCUUCAUCGACGUGUCGCAGGUGCAGCCGAAGCAGCGGCGCGCGUCGCCGCGGCCGGCUACCGCCGGGCCGGGCAAGAAGCGCGGCCGCAAGCCCAAGAAGAAGCAGGCUAUGUUCAUCGACUACAGCGACGACGAGCUGCUGAGCUCGCCGCGCUCCAAACCGCCGACGGCCGAGGACGCCGAGCGGCUGUUCGAGGACCUGCUGAAGACGGCUGCAAUGCAUCAAGGCAAGCGGGACAGGAGCAAACAGCGCGCGCCGGCGGCGGAACAGGAGCGGCCGCCCGGCAAGAGCAAGGAGAAGGGCAGCAAGAGGUCCCGCUCGCAGAGCAAGGACAAGAAGGAGAGCAAGCGGAAGAAGAGGAAAACGCACGGCAAGGAGAAGAAGGGUCACACCGUGCCAGAAGAAGUGGACAGCGUCGAAAAGGAGGAAGAGGCGAUCAGUCCGAACGCUGCUGACGCCGGCCACGCCGGCCAGCCCGGUUGUCGAGCCCAGAGCCGAAAGCCCAAGUCAAAGCCGGAGUCCAAGCCGAGGACAUCCCUGCGGCAGAAGAACGCCGCGCUCAAGGAUGCCGCCGAGCAGAAGCAGGCCAAGCCCAAGCCGCUCUUCAACAGCCGCUCCAUAUCGAAGGAGGAGAGCGCCAAGCUGGGCCAGCUGAUCUCGCGCGUGCGCGAGUCGCGCGGCGGCGGCACCACGCUGCUCUCCAACGGGCCCGGUCUGACCAUGGGUAAGGUGCUGGGCGGCGCUGUCGAGCGCGACAAGUCCGGCGCAGAGAUCUGGGAGGAGAUGGUGAAGGCGCGCGAGGCGCAGCGACUCGAGAGUGAGAAGCGCCGCCUCGAGUCGGCCAGCUCGCAGUCGCCGGCGCAGCCGGACGCCAAGUCGCCGUUCUACCAGACCAGCUCGGAGAGCGAGAAAUACCAGAAGUCGCCGGCCUUCUCGCCCAAGCAGCCGCCGUCGGCCGGCUUCGACACGGCCAAGUACAACGGUGGCGUCAAGCCUGGCUUCUACCAGGACAUGACGCAGAAGACGGCCAGCCCGGACAAAUCGCCGUACCGGCGGCCCGGCUCCGUGGCCAGCACGCACUCGCCGGCCUCGGUGGCCGGCAGCCCGGCGUACCAGCCCAACAGCCCGCAGCUGCUGCAGCGCCAGAAGGGCCAGCAGCUCGAGCACCAGGUGCGGCUCAUUCAGGAGCAGAAACAGAAGCAACAGAGAUGCUCGUGGGACGCCAACUCGGUCUCCUACUUCAAGCAGAUGGCCAGUCCGCACAUGCAGCUGUACCACCAGCAGCAGCAGACGAUGAAGGCAUUCCAGCAGCAGCAGCAACACUCGUCGGCGUCUGGCCUCAACCUGGGCGGCCUCGGCGGCCUGGUGGCCGGCGCCGGCUACAACCCGCUCGGCCUGGCCUCCAGCUUCCAGGCGCACUCGCUGGGCGGCAGCACCUACCCCUACCUGCUGGGCCAGUCGCGCUCGCCGCAGCCGGCGCACCAGAACUUCUCGCAGACGCACGCGUCGCUGUCGCAGAUGAGCGGGCAGGCGCGCGGCGCGGCCGGCUCGCCGCACAGCUCCCAGGCCUUGCCGCUCACCUCCGACCCCAUGUACCAGCAGUACUACCGGCAGCAGGAGGAGCUGCUGCUGCACCACCAGGCCGGCGCCGCCAUGAUGGGCCCUGAUGGGCCGCCGCCGCCGGCGGCUUACCCGCCCGGCUACCCGCACCUGCCGUCGCUGCGCCAGGCGCCGGCCGGCUCCGCCGCGUACAACUACCUGUGA